AUGAUGAUUCAGUACCAAAGGUUCCAGCUUGGCGGACGAAUCGAGGAGAUCGAGGUCGAGACAGUAGCCUCGAUAGGCAAACAAUACAUCCUUCUACGGGACGUCCAGGAUGUCUUUCCAACAGCCGCCAGAUUUGAACGAGAGGGCCGUCCGGUGAGGUUCCUGAGUGACGAACAAGGACAGAGACUGGAGCCCUGGAGAAUUGCUGUCUACCUAGAGUCGACUCUCCAGGUGAUCCCCCAGCCGACAGCAAAGUUGCCAAUGUUGUUCUUCCAUGUCGUCCAGGUCGUCUGGUUCCUCGUCUGUGUUCCGUUGAAGGCACGGCAUUCGAUCUACCAGUCUCUCUUUGAUAUCCAUGUCUAA